AUGUACGAAGUGGCACUCCGAGCACUGCUAAACUCGCUGUUGACAUGCAGCGCGCUCUUCGACGGUCCGAUGCCGAACUUGGCCGAGUUCAAGGUGUUCGAGUACGACGACGGGGGAAUCCGAAUGAAAACCUUGGACUGGAACGGAUCCUUUGCUUCGUAAGUUGGGGACUGCAAUUUUUGUGUUAUUUUCGUAAAGUGUGUAGACUUGUCGUUUCUUGGCGAAAACUCCUUGUUGCACAGUGCAAGCCGCUUUUUCGGCAAAAAGGCUGAUUUUUAAUGCCUCUCAUCUUUUAGAAGCCAGAUCUACAUCAGCGACACAAUAGAGGGCGCUAAUCUGCAGAUGGUUGUGAGUGGAGAAAAUAUUGAACUGGGUGGUCAGGUCGCGGUCAAAUAUGGAUAUGGAAAUUUGCUGUAAGCUGCAUCUUCAAUUCAUACGUGACAUAUUUUAGUCAUUGCCCCGUUGCCGGCGACACGAGUGAAGUCCGCAUAGUUAUCGACAAAGGGCUAUGCAGUCGCGAUUUCUUUGUUUACCGAAUCAAAGACCGGCUCUAUGCAAUUGGACGGAACGAUUUCAAGACUGCCCACAUUUUCAGUCUAGGUGGAACCCGCAUUGAAACUGGAACAAGAUCUGUAGAGGGGAAGGACGAUUUUGGUGUGAAUCAAACCAAAGGCACCUUUGUGUACAAAGACGGCUCAACGUGUCGAGAAGUCACCGUCGGUUCUCUGUCUUCAUCCUGGGAAUCCCGUUCAUGCGACGGCGAGAAGAUUACUCUGGUUCCCAAUGAAACAUCCGGAUGGCAUCACGUCGUAAGUUUUGGUCAAACAGUUGUUUUUUGGAACGUGGUGAUUUCAGCAGUACCUCCAAACCGUCCACGACUGCGAAUUGAACCGGACCAUUCCCCGAGACGAGCUCAAACACGUCUAUGUCCGGUUCCUGUAUAGGUAAGUGGAAGAAUAACAUUGUUUUGAUUGGUCUUUAGACCCCCGCCACCAAAGGCCCGCAGAAGAGGUCUGCUGACGGAGAGGGGAAAGGUGCUCGUCGGCCUCUCCGCCGGGUUCCUUGGAGUUGUUCUCAUCGCCUUUGUUGGUUCCGCCCCGUUGUGGGUAAGUUGUGGCUGAUGGGAUGUUUUCCGGCCUUGUUACAGUGGGGGACCUGAUCCAGUGGCAAAAAAUGUACCAUUUUGCAUGCGGGAAGUCUCAAAAAUGUGGUAAAAUACCUCCCUCUCCAAGUGGAAAAAACUCCAAUUUCAAAAGCGCGCCCGCUCUUUUUGCGAGGCCCUUCAAAAUAAAGUUAUUUCACUUGGGGAAGGAAGCAUUUCGCCACAUUUUUGAGACUUUCUGGAUCCAAAAUGGUACUUUUUUUGCCACUGGAUCAGGUCCACCACUGUAUCCACCGUUUUCGCAGCUUGUUCGAAAUAUAACGUUGUGUUUUUUUUCAGUACAAAUGGUCGCCAUGGGGAGGCGCUUGGAGAAGAGAAAAGACAAAUACCGACCUCCAAGUAAGUUGUUUUGUUCAGUGGAGUUUUGCGACUUUGUUUUAAAAGUCUAUGCUGUCUACUUUCAGUCGCCGUCUGAGGACUUACCGCGCGACUCGUACGGGUAAGAUUUGCAUUUUUUUUUGAUUUUACAAAGCUCAAAUGAAAAAAAAUUUCAAAACGAAAAAGUAGGAUGUAAGGCAUGUUAUACGAUGCAAAAUUUUUAAAUUUUACUUUUGUUGAUUGUAGUAAAUUGAAGUAGUCAUAUGAUUAUAGUUUUGUGCAGGUUACGUGCUAUGCAUGUCUCACUGUUUUUUCCAUUUUGCAAUUUUUUUCUCGUGGUAUAAAAUAUCAUUUGGAAUAUUUCUUGACUUUUAAUUGGGGCCUCUGCACUCUGGCCAUAGCUCUGGGAGCCUUUUCGGCCUCAAUCGCGCAGUGCAAAUUGGUUUUUUUGCAUUUUUUUGGCAUAUUCGCAUUGUAUUAUAUUUUCAGCAACGUUGACUGCAACUUGAGGUUGCGGAGACCUCAACACGAGAAGGUCCUGGACUUGAAAGACAGCUUUAAAGACGAAGAUUUGGGAUUGCCGCUACCGCAAACCUUCUUCGGCGACGAGUAUCCAGGGUGGGCCACUAAAUUUAGAUUUCUCCGCGGAGAGUUCGCCGAUUUUCAUGAAAUUUAGAUUUUUCUGGAGCUGAGAUUCGCCAUUUUCAGCCGAUUGAAUUUCAGGAAAAAAUAUUCUGAAUUGACUUUACUAUGCCUUCACGAAGUUUUUGAAAAUUAUUUUUGAGCCGAAACCGCUAAAACUUGGAAAAUUUUUGGAAUGAUUUUCAAUUGACUUUCUCGGACUUGGAAAUUUUCUGGCUUUUUUUUUUGGUAAAAUCGUGGAGUAAAAAGUCCCGUACGCUUUCUCUAAACUUGUUUAAAGCAAGUGAAAAGCAAAAAGAGUGUCGUCUAUAUUAGCGGUUUCGGCCUGAAAAUAAUUUUUCAAAACUUUGAGAAGGCAUGGAAAGGUCAAUUCAAAAUAUAUUUUUUUGAAAUUCAGUCGGUUGAAAAUGGCGGGUCUCAGCUCCAGAAAAAUCUAAAUUUCGUGAAAAUCGGCGGAGUCUCCGCGGAGAAAUCUAAAAAAAAGAGGACGGAAGGUUUUAGUGGCCUACCCUGUACCUAUCACCAUGUUGCGAAGCUGAGUCACGGCAGAAUGACCGCCGUCCACAAAUACAAGGUGAAUGAUGGGCAAGCGUUUGUCGCCAUCAAAUUCAUGGUCUUCAGGGACGAGAUGGAAAUGGAGCGGGCCAAACAGGAACUAGCACUGCUCGAAUUCUUUAGGGACUGCAGGAAGGCUCACCCGAAGUGAGUUUGUGCAGAUUUUUUGAGUUAUGUUUCCAGCCAGCUCUCGAUACAUCGUUAUAUGCCUUGGGGGAGGGAAAAUGUAUUUGACAUAGAAAUAAAAAUGCCUUUUCCUAGAAAACUUAUUUAAAAAAAUGGUUUUUCAUAGAAAAAUCGUUGAGCAAUAGUUUGUGAGGUCGAAAAAAUCCUCAAAACUUUUAUCACAACACCAUGCCUUUUUCAUUAAUCAAAUUUGAUAUUUUAAGGCUUAUCAAGAUGCCAGGGUUUUCUUUAGCUCAAAACAAAGCUAAGAAUGGUUUUUUAGAAAAGAAUGGUAUUUUCCAAGGAAGUGAAGUUCUUAGUAUUAGAUUGGGGAAUAAGUUCGUAGAGCUUUUUAUUGUUUUGUUUUGCAAGGAUUGUUUGUUGUUUGGCAAAGGGUAUAUAUAUUAUUUGAUACAGUUUUUUCUCCUCUACAAAACUGUGUUUUUAGUUUUUUUUGAAAAUUUAAUUUUUUAUAAUUUUUUGGGCUUAAAAAGUUUUUGAGGUCCUCUUCGCCAUCGAAUUUUUCACCUCGGAUUUGGUUUGACAGAAAGCGGAAAAGGUGGUAAUCGGUUGGCGCAAGGUCGAAGAGUAUGGUGGAUGCUAAAUAACCUCCCAUUCGAACUCAUGGAGUGCGGUUUUGACGACUUGUGCAACAUGAGAGCAAGAUGACUUGUGGAGCAAGAUGACUUGGCCUUGAUUUCAGUCGAAUAGCCCUAUUUUCGAGGUGUAGUUGGGCAUCAUAGAGCUCCUUGUUGACAGUGGCGUUCUUUUGAGGCAUGUCCCAAUGCGCCAUGCCUUCCCAGUCCCCCCAAAUGCAGAUCAUGGCCUUUUUGGGUGGGGAUCUUGCUUGACUGUCCCCUGGGGCCACCCACUCCAGGAAACAGUCAACAUUUUGCUUUAUAUUGACGUACAGACACCAUUUUCAUCCCCGAUGAUGAUUCGACACAAAGACCGCCGUUUACGUCCACGUGCUGCUCGGCGAAAAAAGCAGGUGUCGAAAACGCAAAUUUUUGCCUCCUAGAUGGUUCACUUUUAAGCCCAAAAAAUAAUUAAAAAUUAAAUUUUCAAAGAAAAAUAAAAACACAGUUUUGUAGAGGAGGCAGAACUCUUUCGAAUGCAUAUAUAAACUUUUCCAAACAACAAAGAAUCGUUGCAGGACGAGGCAAUAAAGAAAUCGUUGCGGACUUAUUCCCCAACCUAAUAAAUUUGGGUGUAAAGUUGCUGCAAAAAAUACAUACAACCAACGCGUUUUUUCAAAUUCCUCUUUUUUCAGAGAUUACCAUUACCACCUUAUAACAGCGAUCGAUUGGGGCCACUAUCCGAAUCUUUACUUUUACGUCGCGCCUUUCCUCAAACGCAGUCUUCAGGACGUGUUGGAAGAUCUUCCAUGUUCACACUACGGGCAGAAGCUGAACCUUUGUUAUCAAAUGCUGCAGGGAAUCCUGGAGUUGCAGCGCUUGGGAUACGCGCAUGGAGACAUCAAGCCCGCGAAUUAUAUGCAGUGGGAGGUGGAUACAAACAAGGUGGGUUUGGUGGGGGAAUUGAAGUGGUGCAAGAAAAUGACAAUCAUUUAUUAUUUUUUUUUUUGCACCAUGCAAGACAAAGGUUUAAAAUUUCCCGUCGCACUGUGCAAAAAAAUCAAGAUGCACAGUGCAUUGUGUCGCAAGACUUUUCGCGCCGUGGAAUUGUCUUUUUUCACGGUGCACGGCAUUCUGUACUUUUGGGACACAACAGACCUCCGCGACUUUUUCUAUUUUUUUCGGAAUGCGCUUGCUUUUUCUCUCCAUAUCUCGCUGGCCGUUUGAGCUAGAAGGCUAAAACUUGGCAUGGCGGUAGAGUAAAAAGCCGGCUUUCAGAAAAUAUACAGUGGCGGUCAAAAAAAACGGCCACCCCGAGAUGAUGCGCUCUAACGCAGAAGAGAGUGGUCGUAGGAAGAUAAAUAUGGUAUCAUUGUAAAGCUUAUGGAAUACUAAGACGUGCGAAAAUACGCUUGUGGCACUGUAGUGCUGGCCUAGCCCGUACUGGGGCAAGAUGUUAUUUUGGCCAAAAAAAAUGGCCACCCAUAAUUAUUGUGCUUUAAAUGCGGUUUAUGCUAGAAAUUGCCGCCAUAUGCGACUGGACUAGGAUAGCUAUAUCAAUACACACCAAUCCCAGUAUUUCUUAUUUUCUACAUAUGCCCUCAGGCAUCAAUCAAGGUUGAUGACCUAGUUCAUGGUUAAGGCCCGGCCAAAUUUUUUUUUGGGUUUGUGCCGUUGUUUUGAUAAUCCGAAGCAAUACUGUAGACGGUAUUGAUCGUAUUCGUUUGUAAAACUGCCCACUUUUGUUAAAAUUGUGCCCCUUCUGAUAAGAAAACUCAAAAAAUGGAAUUUUUUUGACCUAAUUUUCUCCAAAAAUCCGUUUUGGAGGCCGUUAAACAAUGAAUGUAGAAUCUUAAACAGGUUUUAUUUGUACAGGAACAUCAUGGACAUUUGUUUUAACACGGCACCGGUUAAAGGAAACGACCGUCCGAAACGACAGAUACCGUUUUGUUACAGUUUUCGACUUCAGGAAGUAAUCAUGAAUUUUGUCUGGUUCCGAGACUUCGUUGAAUAGAGGUUAGAAUAUAGUAUCGCAUUUGUGGCGUAGUUGAGAUACCAAUUAAUCAUUUAAACGUAAAUAUGAGCCCCUAAAGUAAAAAUUCGGGUUGCAGACCUUGACAAAGUUUAUGACUAUUUCCCGAAGUCGAAAACUGUAACGAAACGGUAUCUGUCGUUUCGGACGGUCGUUUCCUUUAACCGGUGCCGUGUUAAAACAAAUGUCCAUGAUGUUCCUGUACAAAUAAAACCUGUUUAAGAUUCUACAUUCAUUGUUUAGCGGCCUCCAAAACGGAUUUUUGGAGAAAAUUAGGUCAAAAAAUUCCAUUUUUUGAGUUUUCUUAUCAGAAGGGGCACAAUUUUAACAAAAGUGGGCAGUUUUACACACGAAUACGAUCAAUACCGUCUACAGUAUUGCUUCGGAUUAUCAAAACAACGGCACAAACCCAAAAAAAAAUUUGGCCGGGCCUUAACCAUGAACUAGGUUAUCAACCUUGAUUGAUGCCUGAGGGCAUAUGUACAAAAUAAGAAAUACUGGGAUUUGUGUGUAUUGAUAUAGCUAUCCUAGUCCAGUCGCAUAUGGCGGCAAUUUCUAGCAUAAACCGCAUUUAAAGCACAAUAAUUAUGGGUGGCCAUUUUUUUUGGCCAAAAUAACAUCUUGCCCCAGUACGGGCUAGGCCAGCACUACAGUGCCACAAGCGUAUUUUCGCACGUCUUAGUAUUCCAUAAGCUUUACAAUGAUACCAUAUUUAUCUUCCUACGACCACUCUCUUCUGCGUUAGAGCGCAUCAUCUCGGGGUGGCCGUUUUUUUGACCGCCACUGUAAGGAACCCCGUCGUAUGAACUUCGCAAUGACCAUUGAAAAAAUUUCAUUCUUAAAACUUCUGCAACCCAAAAGUGCAAGUUGCUUGAUCGUAUUGACAAUUUUUUUAGUCUCUGUGUGUCAAAUUUGAUUCUCUACAAGAUAGCCGAAUCUCAUCUUAUUCGAUGUGUAACGAGUUGAGUUAUGAUUAACAUCACAGUGCUUUUUUUGGUACUUUAAGGAUAAUUCGGCCCUUAGGGCAUCUACAAACAAAUCCGCCAGCCGAAUUAUUCAAUAUGCUCGUAAGUAUGAUCCUAUUCUAAGUGGUAUUCAUACCUUGAGAAUUAUUUUCAAGCAGAAAAUUAAAAAACUCAGGGCUUAGCUAUUGAAAGAAGAACUAUGCGAAUAACGUUGCCAUUUUUCGAGCUAGAAGGACGAAACUUGGUAGGAUCAUACUUACGAGCAUAUUGAAUAAUUCGGCUGGCGGAUUUGUUUGUAGAUGCCCUAAGGGCCGAAUUAUACUCAAAGUACCAAAAAAAGCACUGUGAUGUUAAUCAUAACUCAGCUCGUUACACAUCGAAUACGAUGAGAUUCGGCUAUCAAAUUUGAGAAUCAAAUUUGACUGACACACAGAGACUAAAAAAAAUUUGUCAAUACGAUCAUGCAACUUGCACUUUUGGGUUGCAGAAGUUUUCAGAAUGAAAUUUUUUCAAUGGUCAUUGCGAAGUUCAUACGACGGGGUUCCUUACGGUAUUUAUAUUUUCUCAAAGCCGGCUUUUUACUCUACCGCCAUGCCAAGUUUUAGCCUUCUAGCUCAAACGGCCAGCGAGAUAUGGAGAGAGAAGGCAAGCGCAUUCCGAAAAAAAAAAUAGAAAAAGUCGCGGAGAUCGGUUGUGUCGCAAAAGUACAGAAUGCCGUGCGGUGCAGUUUUGUUAUUCUCCUUGUUACCAGAAAUUGCUUCAUGUUGUCCCGAAAACAAGAUAAUGCACAAUUUUUUCAGAUUGAAAUCGUCGGCUUCGGGUUUGUGAAGAAAUUUGGAGCGAAGCGUCCCGCCGGCUGUGGCACCCUCGAGUACAUGUCGCUUCCCGCUUUACGUGGCCAGGAGGUCAGCAUGGUCGACGACAUGCAGUCCUGGUUCCACUGCUGUGUGGUGGUCCUGACGGGCGAGUUCGCCUAUUCUCGGCCAACUCCUGACGAAACCGAAGGCCUGGUCGAGUUGUAUUUGAAGGCGCAGACCGAGGACGUUCCGCAGUACCCUUCAAAGGAUGACGAAAUCAUCGCAAUGCUCAGGAACUUGAUCUGGGACAAGCCCCCGGGCAAUACGAUCGAUAUGGCCGCGGUUUUGAAGACUCUGGAUGAGGUGAGGCUUUAUUUUUAUUUUUUUUUUAUUAUUUAAAAAAUUUUUAAUUGUUUUAUUUUCAGUUCCGAGUCAAGUUCGAGUUUGAGUACUCGGACCCAUGGUGGGAUUCGCUCCCUGUGGAGAAACCAUCCAGCGCCAAAUCCGGCAAGCAGUCUGAAACCACCCAAAAGUCCAAGAAACCAAAGUAA